CUCAAACCAUUAGGCGCAUACCCCCUCCCUUGUCCGCUCUCUGCGGCUGUAGACGCUGUGGGUGAAACAACGACGCUAACACUGGAGCUAUAAAACUAACAACGGGGGCUCCCGUUUAAAGCGCCGCAGCAAGCUGACCAGCUAGCGCAGUGUCAUCACUUGCGACUGUCUCUGAAACAUCUAUCAGUUUCGGAGUGGUGCAAAUUGAUACUCUAAAAAAAACACUGCAGCCGCACAUCCACCAAGAAAAUCACCACUAAUCGAGACAAAAUGGUGCAAAAUAAGAUCACCGAAGUCAAAGGAUUCCACCGCUCUUUCAAGGGCCAAAAUCCCUUUGAAUCGGAGGACUUUACCAAGAAUGGAUCCCAUCUUAUUGAUUCAUCGUUCAAUUUUGAUUCUUCCCCAAGACAUGACAUGCCUUCCAGCCAGCCCAUUGACAUUCCCGAUGCCAAGAAGAGGAACAAGAAGAAAAAGCGUUGCCGGGCAACUGACAGUUUCUCUGGGAGAUUUGAAGAUGUCUACAGGCUUCAAGAAGAACUGUUGGGAGAGGGCGCUUAUGCUAGAGUCCAAACUUGCAUUAAUCUAAUCACAAACAAGGAGUAUGCUGUCAAGAUCAUUGAAAAAAGGCCAGGUCACAGCCGCAGCCGUGUCUUCAGAGAGGUUGAGAUGCUUUACCAGUGCCAGGGCCACAGGAACAUCCUGGAGCUUGUAGAGUUUUUUGAAGAGGAGGACAAAUUUUAUCUGGUGUUUGAAAAGCUUAGAGGAGGUUCUGUUCUGGCACAGAUUCACAAGAGACAGCACUUCAGUGAACAGGAAGCCAGUGUGGUUGUGCAUGACAUCGCCAGUGCCCUAGACUUUCUGCAUAACAAGGGAAUGGCACAUAGAGACCUGAAACCUGAAAACAUUCUCUGUGAAAGUUCAGACAAAGUUUCCCCGGUCAAAAUCUGUGACUUUGACUUGGGCAGUGGUAUCAAGCUGAACAGUGACAGCUCACCCAUCUCUACCCCAGAACUCCUCACUCCGUGUGGUUCAGCAGAGUACAUGGCUCCUGAGGUAGUUGAAGCCUUCAGUGAAGAGGCUACAAUUUAUGACAAGCGCUGUGACCUGUGGAGCCUUGGAGUAAUCCUCUACAUCAUGCUGAGUGGCUACCCACCGUUUGUUGGCCGCUGUGGUGGUGGCUGUGGAUGGGAAUUAGGAGAACCCUGCCACACCUGCCAGAACACCUUAUUUGAAAGUAUCCAAGAAGGAAAAUACGAGUUUCCAGAGAAGGACUGGGCUCACAUCUCCUCAAGUGCCAAAGACCUGAUAUCCAAACUUCUGGUUCGAGAUGCCAAAAAUCGCCUCAGUGCCAGCCAGGUGCUGCAGCACCCCUGGGUGCAAGGGGGUGCAUCUGACACUUUAUCAACAUCCAUAUUACACCAGAGAACCAGCAGUAAAAGGGAUCUGACAUUUUUUGCCGACAAGGCCAUGGCUGUAAACCGGCAGCUAGCUCAACAGGAUGACAUGGAAGAGCAACAGCAGCAGGAGGUCCCGUAUGUUGUCAAUGCUACUGGCUCGUCUGUGCGCCUCACUCCUCCUUCCAACUCCAAGCUGGCCCGGCGCAGGCAGCGAAACAGUCAGCCAAAAGGAGGACCCGUGUCUGCUGCAGAGCUACGUCAGCUCCUGGCCCCUCUCGUCAUCGUGGGAGACUGUGCCUGAACUUUAAACUGGAAUUCUGACCCUCGCUUAAGAUUAUGAUCCAGAUCAAAGAUUGCUCUGAGACUCUCCUUCUCAAUUUUGACCCCUCUCUCUAAUUCUAGCUGGCCUUGAUUCCUCUGCUAUUCAGGCUUUAAAGCCACUGUAAAGGGAGAUGCUGCUUACAGCCCUUUCUCUCAAUGCCUUCUGCUCUUAUCCAGCACUUCUGAAGCACAUCAACACAGGGCCUGCAGAUAAACACAAUGUGUACAUUCAGGUUUGGGAGGAUGGUGAAUUAAUGAUUUGGGAGAUGUUCAGGGU